AUGGCGACGUAUCAAGAGUUUAUCGCUCAAAAUGAAGAACGCGAUGGUGUUCGUUUUACUUGGAACGUUUGGCCAUCGACUCGUCUAGAAGCUACACGGCUCGUUGUUCCACUCGGCUGUCAAUUUACACCAUUAAAAGAACGAUACGAUCUACCACCAUUAAACUACGAUCCUGUUUUGUGUACAAACAAAACAUGUCGAUCGAUCUUGAAUCCAUUCUGUACGGUUGAUUAUCGAGCUAAAAUUUGGAUAUGUAAUUUUUGUUUGCAACGAAAUAAUUUUCCGCCACAAUACGCUGGUAUAACCGAACAACUGCAACCAGCUGAACUUUCACCACAAUAUACAACGAUAGAGUAUACAUUGAUGCGUACACCAGCUCAACCAGUUGUGUUUUUAUUUGUUGUUGACACAUGUAUGGAUGAAGACGAUAUGACAGCAUUAAAAGAAUCGUUACAAAUGGCAUUAAGUUUGUUGCCAACAGAUGCGUUGGUUGGUUUAAUAACAUUCGGCCGAAUGGUACAUAUUCAUGAACUCAAUUGUGAAGGUAUGACACGCAGUUAUGUUUUUCGUGGUACCAAAGAUUACACCGCCAAGCAAGUUCAAGAAAUGUUAGGUUUAAUGAAACAACAACCGAAUCAAAGACCAAUGCCUGGAAAUCCAAAUGUACCACCACAACAAGCACCGAAUUUCUUCAGCAAAUUUAUUCAACCGCUUUCGCAAUGCGAUAUGUCUUUAACGGAUUUGCUUGGUGAACUUCAGCGCGAUCCAUGGCCUGUUUCGCAAGGCAAACGUGCGUUACGAUCGACAGGAGCGGCACUUUCCAUUGCUAUUGGUUUAUUAGAAACACUUUAUCCGAAUACAGGCGCUCGUAUAAUGUUAUUCAUUGCUGGGCCAUGCACACAAGGUCCAGGCAUUAUCAUUGAUGAAGAAUUUAAACAUACCAUUCGUUCGCAUCACGAUAUUGAAAAAGACAAUGCGAAAUAUAUGAAAAAAGCUAUAAAAUUCUACGAAGGAUUAGCAAAUCGAUCAGCAGUUAAUGGGCAUGUGAUAGAUUUGUAUUCAUCCGCUUUAGAUCAAACUGGUUUACAUGAAAUGAAAUAUUGCUCCAACUAUACAGGUGGUCAUAUGGUGAUGGGUGAUUCAUUCAACACAUCCUUGUUCAAACAAACAUUCCAAAAAGUCUUUGCAAAAGAUAAUAAAAAUGAAUACCGAAUGAACUUCGGCGCAACUAUUGAAGUGAAGACAAGUCGCGAAUUGAAAGUCUGUGGUGCCAUUGGCUCCUGUGUUUCAUUGGCACAGCGCGGAUCUAAUGUUUCGGAAACAGAAUUAGGUAUGGGUGGAACCAAUGCAUGGAAGAUUUGUGGUAUUUAUCCUAAUUCAACGUUGUCAAUCUUCUUGGAAGUCUUGAAUCAACAACAAGGAGCAGCCCAAGGUGUACCAGGUGGUCAACGUGGAUAUGUGCAAUUUAUCACACAAUAUCAACAUUUAUCUGGUUUUAAAAAGAUUCGUGUCACUACUGUAGCAAGAAAUUUGAUUGAUGCAACAACUAAUAUGCCAACAAUUGCAGCUUCGUUUGAUCAGGAAUGUGCAAGUGUAGCCAUGGCUCGCAUAGCAGUCUAUCGUUCUGAUACUGAAGAAGGUUCGGACGUUCUUCGUUGGCUAGAUAAAAUGUUGAUCCGACUCUGUCAAAAAUUUGCCAUCUAUGAAAAAGACAAUCCGGGUUCAUUCCAAUUGACCGAUACAUUCACACUGUACCCACAAUUCAUGUAUCAUUUGCGUCGAUCGCAAUUUCUUCAAGUUUUCAACAACAGUCCUGAUGAAACAGCAUUCUAUCGUCAUUAUUUACUUGUUGAAGAUUUGACACAGUGUUUAGUCAUGAUUCAACCAAUUCUUUAUGCUUACUCAUUCAAUGGUCCACCCGAACCCGUACUUCUUGAUAGUAGCAGUAUACUACCCGAUCGUAUACUUCUCAUGGACACAUUUUAUCACAUAUUGAUUUAUCAUGGUGAAACCAUUGCACAAUGGGUCAAAGCUCAUUAUCAAGAUUUACCGGAAUAUGAAAAUUUCAAGCAACUUUUACAAGCACCUGUUGGCGAUGCAACAGAAAUUCUUCAAAGUCGUUUCCCUAUGCCACGUUAUAUUGUCACUGAAUUUGGAGGAUCACAAGCUCGAUUUCUCCUCUACAAAGUUAAUCCAUCUCAAACUCAUGCCAAUCUCGGAUGGGGACAAACCACUGGAGCACCAAUCUUAACGGAUGAUGUCAAUCUACAAACAUUCAUGGAACACUUGAAGAAGCUUGCCGUGUCUACAACGACAUAA